AUGUUGUCCUAUUCAAAAAAAAAUUUCGUGUUUAAACUUCCUUUAAUAUUAAAAAGGAAACCCUUGAAUUUUCACACGUACACCUUAACACCAAAAAUAAAUAAAAUUAAAGUUACUGAAAUGAAGUCGUUUAAACCAACCGUAGAAGAUGGCAAAUAUGAAAUAACAGCAGUUCAAAAGGUUCCUGCACAUAUUAAUUGCCCCAGUUAUGCUAAAACAGGAAUUGUUGAAAACUCGAACAUUAUUUUCGAAAUUAAAGAUGAAGAAACUAUAAUAAAAAUGAAAAAGGCUGCAAAAUUAGCAGCACGAUGUUUAAAGUUAUGUUUGGAAAAUUCAAAAAUAGGUGUAACAACAGAUGAUAUUGAUAAAAUAGCUUUCGACUUUUAUAUAGAGAAUAAUGCAUAUCCCGCUGGAAUUAAUUUUCAUGGUUUUCCAAAGACUCUUUGCGCUUCACCAAAUGAAGUGGUGUGUCAUGGAAUACCAAAUUUAAGAAAAUUAAAAAACGGUGAUAUAAUAACAUACGAUUGCACAGUUUAUAUUGAUGGAGUAUUUGGUGAUUGUGCAGGCACAAAAGCAAUAGGAGAAGUUUCGAAAAAUCACAAGAAAUUAAUUGAUAUAAGUAAAGAAUGUCUUUAUAAAGCUAUAUCUGUUUGUAGAGACGGUCAGAAAUUUUCAGAAAUUGGAAGAAUAAUAACUGAGCAUGCACAGAAAAAUGGGUUUAAUGUGAUAAAAGAUUUUUGUGGUCAUUUUAUAGGACGUAAUAUGCAUAUGUAUCCUUUAAUUGAACAUCAUUAUCCUAACAGUUAUAAUAAUAAUGAUCGUAUGAAAAAAGGGCAGAUAUUUACAAUCGAGCCGAUAUUAUCGGAAGGUAGUACAAAUAUUCAUACAUGGAAAGACCAGUGGACUGUGUGCACUAAUGACAAUUCUUUUUGUUCGCAGUGGGAACAUACUAUUUUAAUUUUGGAAAAUUCUGCUGAAAUAUUAACGGAGGGUGAAUAG